CAUUUCCAUAUCCAGAGUCAUGAAUAGCAUUACGCAUGUUAAUGUGAGAAGAGUACCACGUCUUGCCGUACGAGUAAUCUAUGCGAUCAUUGUAGUGGCAUCAAUAAGUGCAAGUAUUUAUUUAAUCGUACAAUCUCAUUCGCCAACAUUUGAGCUCGAGGAGCACCAAGAUGAAAAUAACGAAAUAUUAGAUCAAGAUCUGGAGAAAGAAAGACGAAUGCAAACAAGACAUCUUACUCUUCAAGAUGUCAUCACUUACGAGAAUUACUUUGAGCAACAAUUCAAAAAUAUCGGAUGGGUAGAUACUGACGAUGAAGACAUCUUCUUCGCGAAUGCAGCAGACGAUGUAAUCGUAAUGAAUGUCAAAGUUGGCAAUGUUGUUACUGCCUUACAAAAAUACCAUGUUCGUCAAUUUGACGGCAAAGAGUUCAGAAUUGCUCCAAAUAAAUCACAUGUAGCUCUAUUAUGGGAUCAGCAUCAACGUUACCGUGCAAAUCCACAAUACAGGGUUAGCCUACGGGUUUUCAACUCGAACGUCGAGAGAGAACCUCCGCGAGGUAGUGAACUGGUCUCAUACUUUGCCAUGUCGGCUCAUAAUCUAAAUGAUUACACAUACACUUAUGAGACAAAGGGCGAGCCAAGACAUCACGAAUGCAGAUACAAAUCUCGUAGUUUAUUGGGACCACCAAACAUCGACACGUGUGAAGUGAAGGCGCGAACGGGUUACAAGUUCAUUUGGAAUUGGUCAUGGUCCGAGUGGAAGAAAGCUUACACUCCAUCUGCAAUGUGCUCAAGUUACGAGGCGUACUUGAACGAUGCCGGAGGAUCACUUCCGGAAGACACAAUGAUCGAUGAAAUCUCUUACAAUGCGUUUUCGAAUUGCCUCCUUUAUUCUAAGCGAAGAAGAUUUCCUUACUAUAGAGCUAUAGAUCCCCUGUACAAGGCUUUAUUGAAUGUCACUUUCGAAGAAAAAGAGGGACCUCGCGCAAAGCGAGAAGAACAUCACCGAAACGAGACAAUCAAUUCGCAGAGACCUUCCGGGUUAUCACGCCAUCAUGUAGAACAUAUUGGACGGUCUUUUUGCAGAAACGCACCCAAUGACCUCGUCUCCGUUGAUUAUACAGUCGAUUAUCCCGAGUUUAAUGCGGUCUUCUACAGCCUCCAAGGUCCAGAGAAGAAAUAUUUCUUUCCGUCAAAAGAAAAAGCCUUCUUUAUCACGCCUCCCUAUGAUAUUUUUACAGCACGAAAAUUAAUCAUCCUCCAGUCAGGUCUGGCAAAUUGGAGUCUGUCGAAUGUUUGACUUGUCCAAAUGGAGAC